GGUGUUUUGUCCCUCCGCGCUCGCCGUAGCGGACGCGCCGCAGCUGCCAUGGCGGCCGCCUGUGGGAGGCUGGGGCCGAGGGGCAUCGCCAUCGCCCUGCCCGCCCGGUGUUUUUCCCUCUCGGGGUGUCGAGCGAGCGGCGAUGGGAAGCCAGCGAAAUUCCAGCCGCCGCCGAAGCCCGUCAUUAUUGACAAGCAGAAGCAGAGGGCGGAGAGGAGGUUCCUGAGCCCUGAAUUUAUACCUCCCAGAGGGAGAACAGAUCCUCUUAAAUACUAUAUGGAAAGAAAGGACAUGAUACAGAGAAGAAAAGUCUUCAACAUCCCAGAGUUCUAUGUUGGCAGUGUGCUUGCUGUGACCACUGCAGAUCCAUAUGCCAAUAACAAAUCCAACCGGUUUGUUGGCAUCUGCAUCCAAAGAGGAGGGAAAGGACUUGGAGCUACGUUUGUCCUUCGGAAUGUCAUAGAAGACCAAGGUGUUGAGAUAUGUUAUGAACUGUACAGUCCUCGGAUCCAGGCGAUCGAAGUGCUGAAGCUGGAAAAGAGGCUGGAUGACAACCUGAUGUACCUGCGAGAUGCCCUCCCCGAAUACAGUACCUUUGAUGUGAAUAUGAAACCUGUGUCUCGUUUGGACCACGAAGAAAUUCCUGUAAACAAGCUGCAGGUACGAAUGAAACCUAAACCAUGGUCAAAACGGUGGGAAAGACCAAAAUACAAUAUAAAAGGAAUAAAGUUUGAGCUACCUGAAAGCAAAAUGAAAGAAGCACAGAAGUGGAGCCAGCCAUGGCUGGAGUUUGAUAUGCUGCGAGAAUACGAUACUUCAAAAAUAGAGGAAAAAAUUUGGAAAGAAGUGAAUGAAGGACUUAAAAAAUAAUACUGUUUUUCACAGUCUAGGAAUUACUGAGAAAAUUAAUAUUUUUAAUUUACUGUGUGGAUGAGCAGUUGCCAAAUUUUGUAUAUACAUAGGCAAAGCAAACAAUAAAGUUAACCUUUCCAGAA